GAUAUUCGUCGUCUUCUUCAGUUCAGUUUGUCCACAGUACAACACAGACCUAUACAAAAAUGUUCAAAUUGGUGGUGUUGUCUGCUCUUUUGGCUGUUGCCGCCGCUCGCCCCGGUCUGCUGGCCCCAACCGUCUACAGCAGUGCCAUUGUUGGCAGCGUACCAACAUCCAUCAGCCAUCAUAGCAGCUCUGUGGUCCAUAGCGCUGCCAUUGCUGCCCCCGUCGUACAUGCCGCUCCCGUCGUACACGCCGCCCCCGUCGUCGCCGCACACGCUGCUCCCAUCGUCACUGCUCACGCCGCUCCUAUUGUAGCAGCUUCUCCACUAAUCUCCAGCUACGCUGCACAUGCUCCUCUUUUAUUUUAAAAAAGUGAACAUGUACCUUACCACAAUUAGUCAUCAACAAGCCUAAGAAGCUAGUGUCAAACUGUUCCCAGUUUCAUUGCCAUAUGUUAUGAAUUUACCUUCUUAAUUAAAGAACCCCUUUUCCUUUU